CUUUGCAUGUGCCAGCAUUUGCCUUACAAGUUUGUUUCAGAAUGAUGAUGAAUGGAGCCCAGAAACAAUGGUCUCUGGAGAAGUCCCUUCCUCUUUAAGCUUUUUCUCGCAACAUUGUUAUUAUCCUCUUCCUGCAUUGGCAAAAGCAUUAUCUGUUGAGAAACUUUUGCUUUCUUCUGCUUCUUCCCAUUUCAGAGCUUGCUAUUUCCACCAUGUCAAUCAAGAUGAAAGGGAUCUAUAAAAGUCUCAAAUACAUUACCAAAAUCUUUGUUGUGAAGGAGCGCGAAAUUGAAAUUGGUCACCCCACAGACGUUAAGCAUGUGGCUCACAUCGGAUGGGAUGGCCCCUCAGGGAGUGGACCCACUUGGAUGUCUGAGUUUAAAACAGCUCCUGAUUUCUCAACAUCGCUCGGUAAUUUGGAUGAUCGAAGAGAUCCCAAUCCUUUAUCUACCAGCAUCAUGCCUCCUCGAGAUAUGGCAGAUUCAAGCCAAUCAUCAUCAAGCAAUUUCAAGGACACUCAAUCUCAUGAACAUCCUCGUGUUCCUAAAAAGCACAAGCGGAAAAAGGCCAAGUUGGGUUCUGCUAAGUCUUCUCUAACUUCAUCUUCCUCCUCCUCAAAGCAUUUAAGAACUGCAAAGCCGACAACAAAUACAUACAACGAGAUGGAAGCACCACCACCGGUUGUACAAGUCUAGCCAGGAUGGAGAUUCAUCACGUGAACGGCAAAAUCCUGGCCCUUGUUCAUGCAAGUUACAAAUCAGGGGGCUGCGAAAUAAUUCUUCCAUGAACUUCUGUAAAUCCUUGUCCAUUGAAAGAGGGAAAACCAAAAAGAAUGGUAAAGAAGAAUGCUUUGUUGAUCUAGGGUAACUGGAAUGUGAGAGUUUAUUCUUGUACUGUAUUGAUGGUAAAGUUUUGCAGAUUAAAGGACAGAAGUAAGAACUAAGAGAUGCUCAUGUAACAAAAUCAGUUUCCUUGUAUUUCAUGUGAUAUAAGCGGUAGAGAAGUACUUAUGAGUUAUGAGAUUCAAAUGGGGUCCGCUUGGAAAGCUAAAUAUCUUCCUUCUGAUAUAUUGAUACCUGCAAAGCUGCAAUCUGCACCCAGCUAGUUCUCUGAUCCAUGGUGUUUUCUUUGUAGGAUGAAAUUUGUGAAUCA